GCUCAUGCGUACAUAGAACAUUCUCAGGUCAUGCCCAUGCCUCUCUGAUAAUACUAUCUACUGCCAUCCUCCGAGGGCAGCAUUUCUUCUCCUUUGUUCUUCGUGGCUUGUCACGCUCUCGCCCGUCCGUGAUCACCUCUGACAGGGGCUAGGGAAACUCCAACGCAACGUCAUGACCUCAGUAUCCAAAGUCAAAUCGCUCGAUCAUCUCGUCCUGACGGUCAAGGACAUCGACGCCACCAUCCAGUUCUACCAGGAUGUCUGCGGCAUGCGGCACACCUCCUUCGUUGCCGAGACGGACCCCAGCAUCACUCGGCAUGCGCUGAACUUUGGCACCCAGAAAAUCAACCUACACGAAUGUGGCAAAGAGUUUGAACCGAAAGCGGAGAUCGUCCAGCCCGGGAGCGGUGACCUGUGCUUCUUGGUGGAGGAGGAUGUUGAAGGGGUCCUGGGACGGCUCAAGGAGAAAGGGAUCACGGUGCUGGAAGGCGCCAAGGUGGUUGAGAGGAGGGGAGCCCAAGGCAAGCUGCGGAGUGUUUAUCUCAGGGACCCUGAUGGCAACUUGAUUGAACUGUCGAAUUUGAUGUAGAUAUCGAGAACGCGUAAGCGAGGAAGUACCGUAUUGGCCAUUGCAAGGAGAGGCAGCUUCUGCCACCAGCAGAAUAGAACCAUCGUCGAUUCGAUGCCGCAAAUUGCUCUGGGGCCACAUUCAGAUCUCCCUUUGCAACCAGCUGAACUGUCCAGA